GAAAAGACAAAUAUGUUUUUCUAACUGUAAAGGAUGCGAGCGAGCCUAGUAAAUUACCUGUACCAGAAGAGGUAGAAAGACCAGAGAAGUUCGUUAAAGGUUUUGUUGAUAAGGACAAUAAUCUGAAUUGGGAAUGUGCCUGUCGAGGACAAAUGGUAGCCAGCAAGUGCGGUGUGGAAUCACGGAAAUUUUUUCAGUGUAUUCAUGAAAAUAUUGACAAAAGUGACAAGUUUGAAGUCUGUAUAGAUCCGUUAGUGGAAAUGCAGAAAUGCAUGGAGAAAUAUCCUAAACAAUACCCCAUAUUCGAGGAUAAAGAAGAUGUGGAAGACGCUGAAGAUAUUUUACGAUGA